UUCAUCUCAUCUCAUCUCUCACUGCAAGUGCAGAUUGGUGUCGAAGUGAACACCUUACAAUCUUGUCUCAUUGAUUGGUUUCUUUCAACGAAAAUGUUGACCUGAUAUGGCUUGCACUUUGGCAUUUGAUGUGUGCGAGUGACAGAACAUUUUGAUAUAUUUGUGGUUUCCAAUUUGAGAGAAGAGAGAGAGUGGAAAAUGUUGAAGUUCUUGUCGAAAGUGAGAAUCGAAUUCAAUGCCUUAGACCCACGCACGGCGGCGUGUAUGGAGUUAUUGGCCCAGUGUAACGCCCGCAAGGCCAAGGAAUCGAACCCAGCAUGUCAACUAGUCGUCAAGCGCCGAACAGAUGACCACCCACCACAGAUCACCGUGACCUUCGUCAACGGCGUAGAAGAGGUGUUCGAUGCCACAUCCACCGCCGCACAGACCAUCCGCGACAUGAUUCUCGAAAAGGGUCAGCUUCUCGAGACCGAGCAAAUGUUUAGCGAAGCCGGUGAGAAAUGGCCCGUCGUCAUUCCCGAAGAAGAACUUCGUCAGCCAGCCCCUGGUACUAAGAUGGGAAAAAGGAGAGAUGCUUGUAGAAACCUCAAUGUCUAUGAGGAAUACCUUAAAGCAGGGAGAACAAAAUCUUAUGGUGAUUUCUUCACUAAAGCUCAACUGAUAGUAAACGAGCCAUCGUCCCCUUCUCAUUGUCCUCACAGAUUUUCAGAGAUUCUCCUUGAACCUGGGCAAGAGACUUUAUCGGUAAUUCUUGAAUCUGCAAUCCUUUCAAACAAGUCUGUUGAUCUGUUCUCAAAGCCCUUCUCUUCAAUUACUUUGAUAUUAGUGCUGAGGCCUCCAAAAUCUGCGGCCACCUACUCAAAAGCCUCAACCAAGUUCAAUCCAACUACAGAUUCAUUCAGCAAGUUCUCGACACAUUCGAUGACUGUAGUUAAUGAGAAAUAUUCCUCAGUAUUGUCGCACCUAAAGGCAAAGAGAAAAAAGGUGGCCAGGAAGAUUAAAUUGAUAAACUGCUUUAACAAGGGUUCUGGGAUUUGUGUGACAGCAGCUAUAACUGUUAUGGUCCCAGCAGCACAUACACUCACUGAACUGCUCUUGACACCAGUGAUUUUCGGGUUACCGAUGAAGCCAGUGAAGAAGAAACUGCUCAAUUUUAGGAAAAUUGGAAAACAACUUGAUGUAGCAGCUAAGGGGACUUAUAUUGUGAAUAGGGAUUUUGACACAAUGAGUAGACUUGUGGGUAGUCUUCAUGAUGAGAUUGAACACAUUAAGGCAAUGACACAGUUCUGUUUGGAGAGGAGGGAAGGGAGAUUUUCUUUGCAAGUGCUGAAGCCUGAAGGAGCUUAA